GUGCGAACAUCAUGAAUCUCGAGGGCUACAAUGCAACAGUAAACUUAAUCAUAGAACGCUUAUACCUCCAUAUCUAUCGAUUGAUGACCACCUAAGCAUAGACGAACAACCUUCAUCUCAAAGCAGAGCUCCAGCUUACCUCACCUACACAAUGCCUUCCGCAAUCGCCAUCAAACAAGUCCCUGGCAAACCAGGCCAAGUCUACUACCCCCUCGAGAAGAUCACUAUCCCCGAACCAAGACCCUCAGAAAACGAAGCUGUCAUCUCCCUCACCGCCGCCGCCCUUAACCACCGCGACCUCUUCAUCCGCCAACACCUCUACCCCGGAACUGCCUUCGGCGUGCCCCUCCUCGCCGACGGCGUCGGCGUCGUUACGCGAACCGGCUCCUCCGCCGCAGCACAGAAAUGGAACGGAAAGCGCGUCCUCCUGAAUCCCGGGACAGGCUGGAAAGACAGCCCCGACGGCCCCGAGCACCCCAAGGGCUACGCCAUCAUGGGCGGGACAAAGUCCAAUCCCGCGGGAACGCUCGCUGACGUUGCGACGCUGGAUUCGGGGGAGCUAGAGGCGUGUCCGGAACAUUUGAGCGACGAGGAGGCCGCCGCGCUGCCGCUGACGGGGUUGACGGCAUGGCGCGCGUUUUUCGUCAAGUCAGGCAAUGCGCUUCCGGGCAGGAACAUCUUUGUGACUGGGAUUGGCGGCGGCGUUGCGCUAAUGGUGUUGCUGUUCGGAGUGGCGCAGGGGUGCAAUGUUUAUGUUAGCAGCGGGGAUCAGAAGAAGAUUGACAAGGCUAUCAAACUGGGCGCGAAGGGAGGUGUCAACUACAAAGAGGAAGGGUGGGAAAAGAAGCUUAGGGCGAGCCUACCCAAGGAUAGGCCGUACUUUGAUGCGAUUGUGGACGGCGCAGGUGGGGAUAUUGUGGCGAAGGGGACCAAGUUGUUGAAGGCUGGAGGUGUCAUCUCCAUCUACGGCAUGACCGUAUCCCCGAAGAUGAACUUCCUCAUGACGGCCGUGCUCAGCAAUAUCGAGGUCCGCGGCUCUACUAUGGGUUCGCGGAAGGAGUUCGCAGAAAUGGUGCAGUUUGUGCGCGAGAAGAAGAUCAGGCCGAUUGUUAGCAGGAGUGUGCAUGGUAUGGAUAUUGGGCAGUUGGAUGAUCUGUUCGAGGAUAUGAAGAAUGCGACGCAGUUUGGAAAACUGGUGGUCACGCUCGGCGAGAAGGGGAAGGCGAGUAAGUUGUAGUGGACGUGAAGACUGGAGCAGAGUCGAGAAUGUGAGCCAAUUAACGUGUGGGUAUCGUGGCGAUUGAAAUAACAGUAAACAUUGUGAGUGCUUACCAACAACAACCUAUAGAAGUCGUGCG